GUGUCUCUGGUUGUAAAAACAUUCGCAUCUCAAAAACUGAAGAAGACCAACACAACAUCUUCACACGUGUAUUGGAGGGAUGUCUGCUUCGUUUUAAUAUUUUUGUGCGCGCUGUUUUACUUAAAUCUACUCUUUACUGUUUUCAUACUUCGUGAUCAGUUUGUAUAUUUUCCCAGCGUUGGUUCACCUUGGUAAAUACACUGUAAAUCUACGGCUGCUUUGCUCAGAGAUUAUGUCAACAGUAGAUUCAGGUAAGUGGUCCACAGAUGACAUCAGGAGGCUUUUGGAUUCAAUGAGGAAAUCGGUACCAAACAGUAAAAAAAACAAAACAUGGAGUGUGGCCCUAAAGACCUUUGACUGGACUAAAGUUGCAUUUAAGCAUUUCACGCCUGAAGAGUGCGAUGCCAAGUGGAAAGAGAUAAUGCAGAAGCUGAGGAAAAUUAAAACCCUCAAUGAGCUCAUUGUUGAUGCCCAAAAUGCGGUUAACGAUGCAAAGAUGGAACUUCCCAAGAAACCUUUGUCUGCAAAUGCCUUAUUUUUUGCAGAAAACAAAGAGCGAUUUAAGAAAAGGAACCCGGGUGUGAAGAGUCGGGAGAUGAUGAAGUUUGUAAAUGAUACUUUUAAGAAACUGCCAUCUGAAAAAAAGGAAAAAUAUUUGCAGAAAGCUAAGAAAGCAAAAGAAGAAUACCAGGACAACAUAAAGAAAAUGACUGUUCAUUCAGAGUGUGAGAGAAAAAUGAAAGCACAGAAGCGGAUAACACACCCAAUGCAAGUUUCAAAAUACAGAUUUUCAAACACUAUUUUGUCCUUGAAGUUUUGCAGUUGUAUUAUUAAUCUGAAACAUUAA